GUAGCUAUCUAUAUAUAUGUGUGUGUGUUUUUGCAGUCAGUAGACACAUAUCACUCACUCUAAGCAACAAUCACUACUUAGAAAGAGAAGCUAUAAAUCCUGUAAACACGACGACAGAACACUAGUAGAAGUAAGUUUACAGAGAAUGGAUAGUUUAACCGGGCCUUACGCAGCUGUUAUAGGAGUACAAUCCAUUUAUGCAGGCAUGUUUAUGCUCUCCAAAGUCGCAUUCGAUUUAGGAAUGAACACGUUCGUCUUCGUCUUCUACAGACAAGCUGCUGCCACUCUUUUCUUAGCUCCUCUUGCUUACUUCACCGAAUGGAAAUCGGCACCACCACUAACCUUCAAAAUUCUUAUCAAGAUUUUUGUGUUGUCUCUAUUUGGGAUUACCUUGAGCUUGAAUAUAUAUGGAGUUGCCCUUGUAUACACUUCGGCUACUUUGGCUGCAGCCAUUACCAACUCCCUUCCGGUCAUUACUUUUCUCAUCGCAGCUCUAUUCAGAAUGGAAAAGGUGAAUUUGAAGACAAUCCCAGGAGUUGUAAAGAUUGCAGGAAUAGUGUUGUGUGCAGGAGGAGCAGCAACAAUAGCAUUUUACAAAGGCCCUUUCUUGAAGCUAUUAUUACACCAUCACUUGUUCACUCACUAUAGCCCCAGACAACAUGCCCUUGUUCAUGCUUCUACUCAUGUGUGGGUCAAGGGUGUUCUCCUGCUGCUUCUUGGUAACACCUUUUGGGGUUUGUGGAUCGUCUUCCAGGGUGGAGUGAUGAAAAGCUAUCCAUCAAAGCUUCUUCUGACAUUUGGGCAAUGCUUUUUAAGUUGCUUACAGUCAUUGGUUCUAGCUCUUGUCAUGGAAAGGGAUCCUUCUGAAUGGAAGCUGGGAUGGAAUGUCAGACUUGUAGCCGUAGCUUAUUGUGGAAUUAUAGUAACGGGUUUGACAUAUUACCUGCAAUCAUGGGUGAUUGAGAAGAAAGGGCCAGUGUUCCUAGCCACGUCAACUCCAUUGGGCUUUGUUUUCACUAUCAUAUGUUCUGCUUUGCUUCUCGGUGAAGUUACUAGUUUGGGAAGCAUAUUAGGAGGAGUUUUGUUGGUUGGAGGGCUUUACUGCGUGCUGUGGGGAAAGAGUAGAGAACAAGUAUUGGAGAUCCAUGAAGGGUCCAUUUGUAAAGCAGUUGAAGUUGAGAGCACAGUCAAAGUAUUUUCCCCGUCUGAAGGAUCGCUUAAGAAUAAUAAUGUUCGUCCCUCAGCUCCUUGUGUGACAAUAGUAUAGAUUCAUGUGCACCUCAACUAUAUAUAUAUAUGAAAAUCGAAAUUGUUGAGCCGGUAGGUUUGUUUUGUAAUUUUGGUAAUAUUCGAAUAUGGUUGUAAUAGAUUAUUUGAUAUUUAUAUUCAUCAUAUUUAACAA